AUGGAUAGAAGAAAUCAGUCUGUGGUGUCAGAAUUUGUGCUUCUCGGACUUGGCAAUUCACAGAACAUCCAGGUCUUACUCUUCAUGAUAUUUUUGAUACUUUAUCUGAUCAUUGGGUCAGGAAACACUGUCAUCAUGAUCUUAAUCAUCACUGACUCUCACCUCCAUUCCCCCAUGUACUUCUUGUUGGCCAACCUGUCCUUUGUGGAUAUGUGGCUUUCCUCAGUCACUACUCCUAAGAUGAUUGCAGACUUUCUCGAGGAGGACAAGACCAUUUCCUUUGGAGGUUGCAUAUGCCAGAUCUUCUUUGCACACUUUAUUGCUGCUAGUGAGAUGGUGCUCCUGGUGGCCAUGGCCUAUGACCGCUACGUGGCCAUCUGCAGACCACUCCACUACUCCUCCAUUAUGAGCCUGCAGAAGUGCGCUGAGCUGGUGCUGACUGCCUGGACCAUUGGCUUCAUACAUGCCAUGAGUCACCUGGUAGUGGUAGUACAGCUGCCUUUCUGUGGGCCCCGGGAAAUAGACAGCUUUUUCUGUGACAUGCCACUGGUAAUCAAGCUGGCAUGCAUGGAUUCCAGUAAUCUGGACCUGUUAAUGAAUGCUGACUGUGGAGUUGUGGGUGUGACCUGCUUUGUUCUGUUGCUGAUCUCCUACACACACAUUCUUCUUACUGUUCGCCAGAGUUCCACAAGUGGAGCCUCAAAGGCUCUGUCCACCUGCUCAGCCCACAUCAUGGUGGUGCUGCUCUUCUUUGGCCCAUGCAUCUUCAUCUAUGUGUGGCCUCUCAGCAUCACCUGGCUGGACAAAUUUCUUGCUGUGUUUUAUUCUGUUGGUACACCGCUCCUAAACCCAGCCAUUUAUACACUGCGGAAUAAAGAAAUUAAAAGUGCCAUGAAAAGGCUUAUGAGCUAUUCUAUAGGGCCCAAGGGUUCUAAAGAUGCCCAGAAGCCCUGA